AUGUCCGAUCUUCCGAGGGAGAUGGAGGAGGAGGUGCUAUCGAAGCUUCCGGUGACAUCUCUGGGAGAAGUACGAUCAACCUGCAAAAAGUGGAACAGUAUGACGAAAGGUGAGAGCUUUUUGAAGAGGCACAUGAGUGAAGCAGCAGAAGGAGAAGCAAAGAAGAAGCAGAAGCAGAGCAAGGGAAUUGAAAUCAAGGUGGUGAUAUUGCUGGAAAAGAGAGUGUCUUUGAUGAGCGUCAAUCUCCUCUAUCCAUCUAUAGAGCCUAUAGGUAAUAUCAACGCAGAUGGAGUCGACAUAUCUAAAAUCAUUCACUGCGACGGUUUGUUCUUAUGCAUCACUGAAGAGGAAAACUCCUCUAGGGUUGUUGUGUUGAACCCUUAUCUGGGACAAACAAGGUGGAUCGAACCCAGAACUUCUUACCACAGAUUCGACAGUUACGCUCUCGGAUACGAUAAUAAGAAGAAGCACAAAGUCUUGAGAUUUGUGAAUGAUUACGACCCGAGAGUCAAGCACCGAGUUUGCGAGUUUGAAAUCUACAGUUUAGAUCUAACUCAUGGAAGCUUGUUGAUGUCGGUCCCGACCUCGACUGGACCACUUCGUUUAUCUCCGUGGCUUGUCUCUAAAGGGCAACACUUACUGAGAAGAGCAGCUCGCGGUGCUGUUUCAGGGAAAACCGGUGCACCUGUAUACACGGUCGAGAUAUGGAUUAGUAGUAAGAUUGAGCCGAAUGCAGUGUCGUGGAGCAGCUUGUUCUUAGCUGUUGAUAUGAGACCACUCAUUGGUGUUCGGUUUAACAAUUACGCUGCGAGUUUCUUUGUUGACGAGGAGGAGAAGCUCGCGGUGGUUCUUCAUAAAGACAGAGGUAGUCCUGGCCCAACAACUCGCAACACGGCUUGCAUCGUUGGAGAUAAUGGCUACUUCAAACAAGUUGAUCUUGGCGAAUCUAAACAGUAUUGUUGUUUUCCCCUUGUGAGCUCUUAUGUUCCUAGCUCAGUGCAAAUCGAGCAACCUGCAAUACUGGGCAGCCAGAAGAACACACCUUAA